GCCUCGCGGAGGGCACUCGGGGUCCCGCCUCCCGCGGGCGCGGCGGACUAUUGGUCGGAGUGGCGCCGGGGCGGCCAUGGAUUGGCUGCCGUGGCGGGGGGUGUUGCGAGACUCGGUGGAAGAAGCGGGUGAGAGAGCGCGGCCGUGGCGGACCGUAGAAGUACUAUGGAACCUCUGCAGGCUUGUAAGUUCGGAAGGCUUAAAUCCAAGUUCGGAAAGGCUUUUUCCAUUCCAGAUGAUUUGCUGGCUUAAGCGCUUAAUUAGGAUGGCCUUUGAGCAAGUUGGAUUUAACAUGGAAUCGGUGCUUUGGUCAAGCAAGCCUUAUGGUUCAUCUCGGAGCAUUGUAAGGAAAAUUGGUACUAACCUCUCUCUUAUACAGUGUCCAAGAGUUCAGUUUCAGCUUACUUCUCAUGCCGCAGAAGGAAACCACCCUCAUCAACUUAGAGAAGAUGCAGUAGCCUCCUUUGCAGAUGUGGGAUGGGUUGCUCAAGAAGAAGGGGAAGUCUCUACAAGGCUCAGGUCAGAAGUUUGGUCAAAACCAGCCGCUCUUUCAGGUGAACCACAUCCUUCUGGGAAGUCCCCACACAGACAGGUGUCCUUACAAAACCCUUUGGAAGAAGAAGCCGCGUCCAGGAGCACCGUGAUCGCAAAUGAAGAAGCUCUGCAGAAGAUCAGUGCUCUGGAAAAUGAGCUAGCCACUUUAAGAGCACAAAUAGCCAAAAUUGUAAUCUUGCAAGAGCAACAGAACCUGGCAGCAGUUGUGUCAAGUCCUGCUGCUUCAGCUGCCAUCCCUGUUGCACCUCCAGCACCACCACCUCCACCUCCUCCUCCGCCACCGCUCCCUCCCCCAGGCCAACAGCAGAGCAGGUCUGCAAUCGAGCUCAUUAAAGAGAGGAAAAACAAAAAAACGAACUCUGGGCACAACCUGACAGAAAACGGGCCAAAGAAGCCUGAAAUACCAAACAUGCUAGAAAUCCUCAAAGACAUGAACAGCGUCAAACUGCGCUCAGUGAAGAGAUCAUCAGAAGGCACGAAACCUAAAGUGUCUGACCCUACAGAUCCUGCAGCGUUAAUAGCAGAAGCGCUCAAAAAGAAGUUUGCUUAUCGGUACCGAAACGAUGGCCCGAGUGAAGCAGAAAAAGUGAUUCCAAAGACUGAAGCAAAGACAAAGACUGAGGUAGUGCUGUUUGGACCGCACAUGCUGAAGUCUACGGGAAAAAUGAAGACUUUAAUGGAGAAAUCUUAAUGUUAUUAAAUCACUACAUGAAAGACUCUUAAGCUGUUUUAUCCGAAAUCUUGUAUAUUGCUAACAGCCCUAGUGCUGAGUGUGGUCUCUUACAACACGGGGAAAAACCUGAUGUGAAAUGUAGAAUUGAGGCACUAAACGUCUUUUGUAUACAAUUUAUCGAGGGGAAUAAAUUUGACCGUUGCACUCAGGUAUUAAUUAUGUAUUCAAACCUGGCUUUCUACUCAGACUCAUAUGGUUGGGUUAACACUGAGUUAUAUACCCCCAGAUUCUUUGUGCGUAACUGACCACCUUAAAAAUGUGUGUACAUGUUAACAAGAGUGACACCCUUAAGUCAGUAUCAGUUAUUUGAGCUCUAACUGUAACUUGCACUACAAUGUUUAGUUCAGUACAUAAAUCAUCAUGUCGAGGUCUUUGUUUUAAACUUACUUUUUGCAAAUUUUUAGCCCAAAGAAAUCCUCAAUAUGUUUUGCCUCCUACUGAAAGCAAGUGCAAACUUGAAUCUGCUGCAGAGGUUGCCUGGUAUGAGACGUUUUAAAAAGUAACACAUUUUUGUGCAGCAUUUUUGUUUGCUGCAGAGGUGUUUUGUUUUGUUUCAAAAGAGCUUGCAAGGAUAAGAGAGCAAAACCUAUUUGUGUCAUCCCAUGGCCAAGGUAAAGUGUGCAUGACAAGUGAGUAAAUCAUGGUGUGGGAGGGAGCCUCUGUCAAUAGGUAGCCUUGUCAAUUCAAAAUAACCAGUAGAUUGCAGCAGAGUAAAAUAGCAUCAGAGCACAGUGUUAACUAGCAUAGAAGUGGUGUAGGCAAGAAAAAAGUACAAAGUGCUGUGGGGUGCAAGUUGCCAAAAGCAUAUUGCUCAUCUCAGCUGUGCUCAUUGACACAUCCCCAGCUGUCUUGGGACCCUGGACGGGUUUCUGGGAGCUGGGGACUGUAGAAGCCCUUGUGGUCCUAUGAGCAGGGCAGAGAUGGUACAAGCUGUUGCACAGAACCUGUUUUUCCAGGGAAGGCCCUUUGGGAGACUUCCCAUAGCCAGCACUUUGCUGACAGAGCUGGUUCAUUAACCAACCACCUGAGUUCAUGGCUCCAGCCACAGGGGUAGAGACGGCUCAAGCUAAAGUUAAAAUCUCAGGUCAAAUCUCAGGUUUAGGAACCAGAGAACUAUGGCUUAGCUACACACUUAAAGGAAGUCAAGGUUUGCUCUGACUGUAGAUGAGCACAAUGAAAGGUGAGUCUGGGUAUUCCAGUGUUCCAAGUCAAUCUGGCUCCUGGAACAAGUUCCAGUGCUCUAGGAGCUUCUGUUUUCUGGAGAAAGAAAAAAGCAGCACUUAAAUACAGCUGAACAGCUCUGAGGGGGUUACUGAAGAUGAUAGAAUAAGUUUUGCUGCUUGUAACUGCAACGUAGACUUGUAUAACUGAGGAGGAGGUUUUCGGGUGUGGAAUUUGGAAGUGGUGUUAACAUGUACACAACGCAUCUUCCUUCCAGGGUGCUCUGCCAUCAGUCUUACUGACAGGCCACUAAACCUUUAUGUUUUUAAAUGCCUUUAAAACACCUUUUUGAAAGUUAAUUUUGACUUCCAGUUUUAUAUUUAAUGCUCUAUUGCCACUAUAUAAAAUUAAAAGCCGUUAAAAUAAA